AGCUAGGAUUUCUCAGUUCAUCAAAAUAGUCUACUCCUCUCGCGUUUUUCAAUCUUUGCUUCAAAUCUGUCAAGUUUGAAGUUGAAGCACCAACACACUCUCUUCUCAGUUCUCUCUUCGCAUUUUUUUAUAUGCAAUCACUGAAAAGGUUUCGGGUUUAUCAUAUUUCUUUCUCGAAUAAUGUAAUCCUGGGAUCAGAUUUCUAGAUUGCUGGUCUCGCCCUUUUCUCUUGAUCUAAGAUACGUACUACUCCGACAUCUUUACUUAUUUGAUUUGCGUGUUCGUAUCCGAAGAAAAAUUAUUUAAUCGCAUGAAAUUACUGCAAUUGUGAGUUGGAUGGCUCAAUUAUCUGAACCCGAACGGUCUCCCAAUGUUCAACAAAGGGGUUUUCGACUUCAAGCUCCACUGGUAGAGUCUGUUUCAUGCUACUGUAGAGUCGAUGCAGGCUUAAAAACAGUAGCAGGUGCCAGAAAAUUUGUCCCCGGAUCAAAACUCUGCAUCCAACCCGACAUCAACCCACGAGCACACAAGUCCAAAAACAGUCGCAGGGAAAGAACCAGGGUCCAACCCCCUCUCCUCCCUGGUCUCCCAGACGACCUAGCCAUCGCGUGCCUAAUCCGGGUCCCACGAGCCGAACACAACAAGCUCCGAUUAGUCUGCAAAAGAUGGUUCAGACUCCUCUCAGGUAACUACUUCUAUUCCCUUAGAAAAAGCUUAGGAAUGGCAGAAGAAUGGGUGUAUGUGUUCAAAAGAGAUCGUGAUGGGCGUAUUUCUUGGCAUGCAUUCGACCCCACCUACCAACUAUGGCAGCCCCUGCCACCUGUCCCGGUGGAAUACGGGUCGGCCCUCGGGUUCGGUUGUGCGGUUCUUAGCGGGUGUCAUCUUUAUCUCUUUGGUGGUAAAGACCCGAUUAAGGGUUCCAUGAGACGUGUUGUUUUCUAUAGUGCAAGAACAAAUAAAUGGCAUAGAGCUCCUGAUAUGCUUAGAAAAAGGCAGUUUUUUGGAGCUUGUGUGAUAAACAACUGUCUUUAUGUAGCGGGUGGUGAAUGUGAGGGGAUUCAUAGGACGCUUAGGUCAGCAGAAGUUUAUGAUCCGAAUAAACACAGAUGGAACUUUAUAUCGGAUAUGAGCACUGCUAUGGUGCCAUUUAUAGGUGUGGUUCAUAAUGGGAAGUGGUUCUUGAAGGGGAUCGGGGGCCCACCGGGAGGUUUUGAGUGA